AUGAAAACUCUACAUCGCGGAGAUGGAGCGAUCGGUAAGCCGGUCCCUGAGCGCCAGGUAGGGCGUGGGACACUCGAGUAUCCACCCGUCGCCGCGGACUGGCCAUUUGACUCGGUUGUUUGCGUCACCCUCCGGGCAGCAGAGGAGAACCCGGAAAAGGAUAGUUCGGGGCGCGUCGAGGAGGCCGCGGACGCAGGACCGGAACGUGGCCAUGGAGAACUGAGCCUGUCGAUCAGGAGCACAUCCGUCUCGUACCACUGCACGUUGUCCGACCGGGAGGGGUUCGAAUGGAUCUUCAUGCCGUACUGGUGA